CGAACGCGCACUCUGUAUUCUAAUCGUAAUAAUAUCGUGAAACUUUGUGAUGGACAUUGCAAUUUAAUCUAUGAGACAGCUAUAAUGCGUUGAAUUGCAGUAUAAACAAAAAUUGACGCAUUAAAAAUAAAAAGAAUGUCCUUCAUCGUUAACACCAUACGCACUGCUAUACGUGCUUGGACUCCACAAGUGAAUACUGUACGGUAUCGUUAUCAUGCAGAUAAAAUUGCAAAAGGUCCUUUAGUACGAAGACGUGGUUAUUGUGAUCCAAUAGAUAUGAAAGGAUUAAUGCCCCAUACUGAUGGAAUGAAUAGACUCCCAAUGCCAAUCUAUCGUCCGAAAAAUUAUUGGUCAGAAAAACGCGCAUUGUUUGGACAAAAUGAUUAUAUCGAUAUUUUAGGAUCUGAUGAUCUCCAUCCGACAAGAAUAAUGUACAAUGUCGCAUCUUGGUUAAGAGGAGUCAAAGGAAACGAGUAUCAAGUUUUGUUGAGAAAAAGAAAAAUGUGGGGACCAGGUAUCUUCCCUAUUGCAAGGCCAACCAAAUGGAAAGAUAUGGAAAAGAGAAUAAGAUUUUUAUAUAGGAAGUUGAAUAGAAAAACUAAGACAGGUUUUUCUAGAAGAUCGUAAGAAAUCAUAUGACAACAACACACUGUCUGUCUGUUAUACUUCAAGAUUAAUAAAUGUAAAUUUAAAAAGUUA